AUGGUCAUUCUACAGCAGGUAAAUGUAGUGAAGAUGUUCAGGCGUCGGGACUACGUGGAGCUGUAUGAGCAGGACCAGGCCAAAUGGGCUCUGAUCCGCAACGUGAACACUGCCACCAAACAGAGCACCCUGCUGCCGGGCGACUAUGUCUGGUUGGACCAGAAGACCGGUCGAGAGUUCGAGGUGCCGAUCGGUGCCGUGGUCAAACUCUGUGACUCAGGACAGAUCCAGGUGCUGGACGAUGAGGGAAAUGAGCACUGGAUCUCCCCCCAGAAUGCCAGCAACAUUAAACCAAUGCACCCGACCUCCAUCCACGGGGUGGAGGACAUGAUCCGGCUGGGAGACCUCAACGAAGCUGGAAUUCUGCGGAACCUGCUCAUCAGAUACAGAGAAAAACUCAUAUACACGUACACCGGCUCCAUCCUGGUGGCCGUCAACCCGUAUCAGCUGCUGCCCAUCUACACCGCCGACCAGAUCCGCCUCUACACCAACAAGAAGAUCGGAGAGUUGCCGCCUCACAUCUUUGCCAUCGCAGACAACUGCUACUUCAACAUGCAGAGGAACAACCGCGACCAGUGCUGCAUCAUCAGUGGUGAGUCUGGAGCAGGGAAGACAGAAAGCACCAAGCUGAUCCUUCAGUUCCUGGCAGCCAUCAGUGGUCAACACUCCUGGAUAGAGCAACAGGUCCUAGAGGCCAACCCUAUACUAGAAGCUUUUGGAAAUGCUAAAACUAUCCGCAAUGACAACUCGUCUCGUUUUGGAAAGUACAUCGACAUCCACUUCAACAAGAGAGGAGCCAUCGAAGGAGCCAAGAUAGAACAGUACCUGCUGGAGAAGUCCAGAGUGUGUCGACAGGCCUUCGACGAGAGGAACUACCACAUCUUCUACUGCAUGUUGAGAGGGAUGAGCGCGGAGGAGAAGAAGAAGCUGGGCCUGAGCAAAGCUACAGACUACACCUACCUGACCACGGGAAAGUGCACAGUGUGUGACGGUCGAGACGACUUGAAGGAAUACUCCAACAUCCGCUCGGCCAUGAAGGUUCUGAUGUUCACAGACAAAGAGAACGGGGAGAUCUCUAAACUGCUGGCUGCUAUUCUACACAUGGGAAACCUCCGAUAUGAAGCUCGGACAUACGACAACCUGGACGCCUGCGAGGUCGUCCGAUGUCCUCACCUCACCACUGCUGCUACGCUGCUGGAGGUGGACAGUAAGGACCUGAUGAACUGUAUCACCAGUCGGACUCUGAUCACCAGAGGAGAGACCGUCUCCACACCUCUCAGUAUCGAACAAGCUCUGGACGUACGAGACGCUUUCGUGAAGGGUAUCUAUGGACGUUUGUUUGUGUGGAUUGUGGAGAAGAUCAACGCCGCCAUCUACAAGCCUCCAUCAUCACAGCCCAAAUAUAUCAGACGCUCCAUCGGACUCCUGGACAUCUUCGGCUUUGAGAACUUUACUGUCAACAGCUUCGAGCAGCUUUGCAUCAACUUUGCCAACGAGAACCUGCAGCAGUUCUUCGUGCGUCACGUCUUCAAGCUGGAGCAGGAGGAGUACAACCUGGAGAACAUCAACUGGCAGCACAUCGAGUUCACCGACAACCAGGACGCCCUGGACAUGAUCGCCAUCAAACCCAUGAACAUCAUCUCGCUCAUCGACGAGGAGAGCAAGUUCCCCAAGGGCACCGACACCACCAUGUUGAACAAACUGAACUUUCAGCACAAGCUCCACGCAAACUACAUCCCUCCAAAGAACAACUACGAGACUCAGUUUGGAAUCCAGCACUUUGCAGGAGUGGUUUUCUACGAGACGAGAGGCUUCCUGGAAAAGAACAGAGACACUUUAUACGGAGACAUCAUCCAGCUGGUUCACUCGUCCAAGAACAAGUUCAUCAAGCAAAUCUUCCAGGCUGACGUCGCCAUGGGAGCAGAGACCAGGAAGCGCUCGCCCACUCUGAGCAGUCAGUUUAAAAGAUCCCUGGAGCUGCUGAUGAGGACUCUGAGCGUCUGUCAACCGUUCUUCGUUCGCUGCAUCAAACCCAACGAAUACAAGAAAUCCAUGUUAUUUGACAGGGAUCUGUGUGUGCGUCAGCUGAGGUACUCGGGUAUGAUGGAGACCAUUCGUAUCCGUCGAGCAGGAUAUCCCAUCCGCUACACCUUCGUGGAAUUUGUCGAUCGCUACAGGGUCCUCAUGCCCGGAGUCAAACCGGCGUAUAAACAGGAGGACCUGAGGGGAACGUGUCACAGGAUCGCGGUGGCGGUGCUCGGCCGAGACGACGACUGGCAGAUGGGAAAGACAAAGAUCUUCCUCAAGGAUCAUCACGACAUGCUGCUGGAGAUCGAGAGGGACAAGGCCAUCACUGACAAGGUCAUCCUCAUCCAGAAGGUGGUUCGAGGCUUCAAGGACAGGUCGAACUUCCUGAAGAUGAGGAAGUCGGCCGUGUUCAUCCAGAAAACAUGGAGAGGAUAUCACUGUAGGAAGAACUAUGGAGCUAUGCGAGCCGGCUUCUCUCGCCUGCAGGCUCUGGUUCGCUCCAGGAAGCUGUGUGCGUCCUAUCACGUGGCCCGGCAGCGGAUCACGGGCUUCCAGGGCCGCUGCCGGGGGUUCCUGGUGCGCCGGGCCUUCAGGCACCGGCUGUGGGCAGUCAUCACCAUCCAGGCCGGCACCAGAGGCAUGAUCGCCCGGCGGCUGUACAAGAGGCUGAAGGGAGAGUACCGCAGGAGGCUGGAGGCCGAGAAGAUGCGUCUCGCUGAAGAAACCAAACUGAGGAACCAGAUGUCUGCGAAGAAAGCGAAGGCUGAGGCCGAGCGCAAACACCAAGAGCGUCUGGCCAAGCUGGCCAAAGAGGACGCUGAGCGGGAGAAGAAGGAGAAGGAGGAGGCUCGGAGGAAGAAGGAGAUGGUGGAGCAGAUGGAGAAAGCUCGUCUGGAGCCCGUCAACGACUCAGACCUGGUGGACAAGAUGUUCGGCUUCCUGGGGACCACCAACUCCUUCCCGGGGCAGGAGGGACAAGCUCCUGCUGGCUUCGAGGACCUGGAGCGAAGCCAUCAAGAGCUGGAGGUGGAGGAUCUGGACGAAGCUCUUCCUCUGCCCGAGGACGAUGAUGAAGAAGAUUUGUCGGAGUACAAGUUCGCCAAGUAUGCCGCCACCUACUUCCAGGGCAGCACCACUCACACCUACGUCCGCCGACCUCUCAAACAGCCGCUGCUCUUCCACGACGACGAGGGAGACCAGCUGGCUGCUCUGGCGGUGUGGAUCACAGUGCUGAGGUUCAUGGGAGAUCUGCCGGAGCCCAAGUACCACACGGCCAUCAGCGACGGGAGCGAGAAGAUCCCGGUCAUGACCAAGAUCUACGAGACGCUGGGAAAGAAGACGUACAAGAGGGAGCUGCAGGCGCUGCAGGGGGAGGGGGAGACGCCUCAGUCCGACGGACACAAGAAGAACAGCGUCCGACACAAACUGGUGUCGCUCACGCUGAAGAAGAAAUCCAAGAUCACUGAGGAGGUCACCAAGCGCCUGAACGAUGGGGAGUAUGGUGUCACUGGGAACAGCAUGCUGGAGGACCGGCCCACGUCCAACCUGGAGAAGCUUCACUUCAUCAUCGGGAACGGGAUCCUGAGACCAGCGCUGAGGGAUGAGAUCUACUGUCAGAUCUGUAAGCAGCUGAGUCAGAACCCGUCUAAGAGUUCUCACGCUCGAGGCUGGAUCCUCAUCUCUCUGUGCGUCGGCUGCUUCGCCCCGACAGAGAAGUUUGUCAAGUACCUGAGGAACUUCAUCAGCAGCGGUCCACCAGGUUACGCUCCGUACUGCGAGGAGAGGAUGAGACGGACGUUCGCUAACGGGACGAGAACACAACCUCCGUCCUGGCUGGAGCUGCAGGCCACCAAGUCGAAGAAGCCCAUCAUGCUGCCGGUGACCUUCAUGGACGGCACGACCAAGACGCUGCUGACCGACUCGGCCACCACGGCCAAGGAGCUCUGCCUCGCCCUGUCGGACAAGAUCGACCUGCGGGACCGCUUCGGCUUCUCCCUGUACAUCGCCCUGUUCGACAAGGUGUCCUCUCUCGGCAGUGGGAACGACCAUGUGAUGGACGCCGUGUCGCAGUGCGAGCAGUACGCCAAGGAGCAGGGAGCCCAGGAGAGGAACGCCCCCUGGAGGCUGUUCUUCAGGAAGGAGAUCUUCACGCCCUGGCACUGCCCCAGCGACGACCUGGUCGCCACCAACCUCAUCUACCAACAAACCGUGAGGGGCGUCAAGUUCGGAGAAUACCGCUGCGACAGGGAGGACCUGGCGGAACUGGCCUCUCAGCAGUACUACGUGGACUACGGCUCAGAGAUCCUCAUGGAGCGGCUGCUCAGCCUCAUCCCCUCCUACAUCCCCGACAGAGAGAUCAGCCCCUCCAGGACCGUGGAGAAAUGGGCCCAUUUCAUCAUGGCUGCCCACAAAAAGGGCGUCUACACCCAGAAGAGGUUCGACCCUCAGAAGGUGAAGGAGGAGGUGGUCGACUUCGCUCGUCACAAGUGGCCCCUGCUCUUCUCUCGAUUCUACGAAGCCUUCAAAUUCUCAGGUCCCAGUUUGCCUAAAAACGACCUGAUCGUGGCCGUCAACUGGACCGGAGUUUAUUUUGUAGACGAGCAGGAGCAGGUCCUUUUAGAACUCUCCUUCCCAGAAAUCAGUGCAGUGUCCAGCAGCAGUGGAGGAAAGUUGCAGGGUCAGAGUUUCACAUUGGCGACCAUCAAAGGUGAAGAGUACACGUUCACCUCCAACAACGCAGAGGACAUCCGUGACCUGGUGGUGACCUUCCUGGAGGGCCUGAGGAAGAGGUCAAAGUUCGUGGUGGCGCUACAAGACAACCCCAACCCCACUGGGGAGGAGUCCACGUUCCUCAGCUUCCUGAAGGGAGACCUGAUCCUGUUGGACCAGGACACCGGCGAGCAGGUCCUCAACUCUGGUUGGGCGCACGGCGUCAACGAGCGAACCAAUCAAAGAGGAGAUUUCCCAGCUGACUGCAUCUAUGUCCUGCCCACCAUGACUCGACCGCCGCAGGAAGUAGUGGCGCUGGUGACCAUGACACCGGACCAGCGACAGGAGUCGGUUCGUGUGUCACAGCUCGUUCUGCCCGAGAGUGACGACAGAAUGAAACCCUACACACUGGAGGAGUUGUCCUACGACUACUUCAGGCCUCCUCCCAAACACACCCUGAGCAGAGUGAUGGUCACUAAGAAUCGUGGGAAGGACAAACUGUGGAGCUGCACCAGGGAGCCGCUCAAACUGCCGCUGCUGAAGAAGGUGGUGACCCACGAGGAGCUGAGUCAGGACGCCUGCAUGGCCUUCAUCGCGGUGAUGAAGUACAUGGGCGACUACCCGUCCAAACGCACGCGCUCGGUCAACGAGCUGACGGACCAGAUCUUUGAGGGAGCGCUGAAGGCCGAACCCCUGAAGGACGAGAUCUACUGUCAGAUCCUCAAGCAGCUGACUGACAACCACGUCAAGUACAGUGAGGAGAAAGGCUGGGAGCUGCUGUGGUUGUGCACUGGUUUGUUUCCUCCCAGCAACAUGCUGCUGCCUCACAUCCAGCGCUUCCUGCAGUCGAAGAGACACCACCCGCUGUCUGGAGACUGUAUGCAGAGGCUGCACAAAGCUCUACGUAACGGAUCCAGGAAGUACCCCCCCCACCUGGUGGAGGUGGAGGCGAUCCAACACAAAACAACGCAGAUCUUCCACAAAGUCUAUUUCCCCGAUGACACAGAUGAGGCGUUCGAGGUGGAGUCCAGCACCAAGGCAAAGGACUUCUGUCAGAACAUCUCCACCCGGCUGCUGCUCAAAGCUCCUGAAGGCUUCAGCCUCUUCGUCAAGAUCUCAGACAAGGUGAUCAGUGUUCCAGAGGGAGAUUUCUUCUUUGACUUUGUCCGACAUUUAACCGACUGGAUCAAGAAGUCUCGUCCGGUGAAAGACGGUGUCGUCCCCUCUCUGACCUACCAGGUGUUCUUCAUGAAGAAGCUGUGGACCAGCACCGUUCCAGGGAAGGACUCCUUCGCAGACUCCAUCUUCCACUACUACCAGGAGCUGCCUAAAUACUUGCGUGGCUACCACAAGUGUUCCCGAGAAGAGGUUUUCCAACUGGCAGCGCUCAUCUACCGCGUCAAGUUCGAAGACGACAAAUCUCACUUUCCUACAAUUCCCAAGAUGCUUCGGGAGCUGGUUCCCCAGGACCUGAUUCGCCAGAUGUCCCCGGACGACUGGAAAAGGUCUGUGGUGGCGUACUUCAACAAGCAGGCCGGUAAAUCCAGGGAAGAGGCCAAACUGAUGUUCCUGAAGAUCAUCUACAAAUGGCCGACCUUUGGCUCCGCCUUCUUCGAGGUCAAGCAAACCACAGAACCCAACUUCCCAGAGAUCCUGCUGAUCGCCAUCAACAAGCAGGGAGUCAGUCUCAUCGACCCCAAGACCAAGGACAUCCUGAUCACACACCCCUUCACCAAGAUCUCCAACUGGAGCAGUGGGAACACCUACUUCCACAUCACCAUCGGAAACCUGGUCAGAGGAAGCAAACUGCUGUGUGAGACCUCACUGGGUUACAAGAUGGACGACCUAUUGACCUCUUACAUCAGUCAGAUGCUGAGCACCAUGAACAAGCAGCGCUCUGGGCGGGGCCAGAGCAAGUGAACUUCUUACUGGCAGGAGGCCGCUGAGCUCAUCCGGCUCUUGCGCCCUAUAGGCCAGCACUGCAGCUGGGGGCGGACCUUCGCCCACCAGCUGUGGAGGAUGAGCCGCAGUCCUUCUAACAGCUCCCAAGGGUCAAAGGUCUCCGGGGAGAGUUCGGCCCUCAGCAGCGACGACCCCGGAGAAGGCCCCAGCAACUAUCACCCCCGCAAACACAACUACGACGAGGACGAGCCGUCCAGCGAGGACGACUACCUGUAACACACCUGUCCGUCCAACAGGGGUCAGACCUGAGACACACACAGCUGGAGUCAGUCCUGCCGCCAUGUGACCAUCGUUCUUCUGCCAAGUUCAGAGGACAGGGUUCCUGUGCAGGUCACACCACACGACCAGACACAAGAGGUCACACUCGACAUCAUCUUUCACCAGGAGACUCACAGUCUCACGUGCAGCCUAAACAUAUUCACAUGUUCCAGUGAGGGUGACCUCCUCUGAGGGAGUGAUCAUGUGAUCAGGUGUGGACAGAAACAGGCUUAACUUUCUGGGGUUGAAAGACGAGAUAAAGAUUUCCGGCUGUAGCUCAACAACGACUCAGAUCACGUUUCUCUGCUCCGCCCUCGACCUGGGACUGAAGAACCAGAGCGUUUAAACUCUCCUGUGACACCAGCAAGUCAACGAGGUUCCUGCAGCGUUUAAAAAAUUACAAAUCUUCUCAGAAGUUACUGAAAAGCCUUAAAUUGAACUCUUUAAGGUUUUAAGCGUUUUCUCUCGGCGGCUGUGAACUUAACUGUUAGUUAUGAUUGAAAUGAACAGUCAGCCACAUCAAGGGAUUUAUUAAAUUACUAAGAAUUACUGUUAACUGGAAAAUUUGAAUCUUAAUGAAUGAUUCUCCCUAAUGCUUUUACAUCUUUAGCAAUAUGAUUGUAUAAAAAACAGAUAUGGUAUUAAAAAGCUCUUACAUUUAAUUUGAUAAGUUAAAAUGCACGUUAACAUAUGAUCAUAAUAACUUUUUAAAGAUUCUCAACAGUCCGGCCUCUAAGCUGCAGACAGAUAUUCUUGCUCCUGUGUUGGUGCAUCUUAAAACUGACAAAGUUUUUAAGGGUUAAAGGUUUUUGUCGUCUGUACCUUCUGCAGUAUGCAGGAUAUGAUUUCCAGUGAUGUGAAGCUCCCCCUGUCUGCGACUCACUGAAUUACACCUGUACCUGAUGUUUAUGGCCUGAACUGUGUAACCCUUUGUUUUCUGAGUGUUUUCUAAUCCAUGGUUUUUGUUUACAUCUCUUUUGUUUAAUGGUGUUUCUAAUUUAAUUUUAUGCCUUAUUGUUUAUUUAUGUAGAAACAACAUCACCCAGCAUCCAAUGGGGUGCAGCUGCUGUUUUUAUGGGGCUUCUCUAAUAUUCAUGUCAGGCUACUUUAACUCUUAAUGUCUCUAAGCACAGUUGUUGAUUUUAUUUUGACCUUUAUUACAAAUGUUAUUUUUCUUUUGACAAGUUGAAGUUUGUAGAUGAACACUGUGCACUUCAAAAAGGGAAAGUUAAAAGUUUUUUAGAGGGAUGUUUACGUAGAAACUUGUCAAAGUGUAAAAAAUCCUCAGUGAGCUAAAUAAAAGCUAACUUUGUAGGAAUAGACGCACUGAACGAGCCACACCUCGGCUGAGCAGGAGAUGAAUGAAUCUGUGUCUGAACCUCAGGGUCUGAAUUCAGAAAUUCAUGAGGGAUUUUAGAAGUAAAAAAAAACACCUUCCAGAUGUGGAUGGCUGGGUUCUGAAGAGUUGCUUCAUGUUAAAAUGUUUUAAUUGACUCAAAUGUUUUUCUUGUAUUAAUGUAUUGUUAAAGAUAACCACUGAUGAAUUUAUCUUUGAGCUAAUUUGAGUAAAGACUUUAAGUGCUACUUUGCAUAAAGAUUUCCUUAUCUUGAAUAGGAUUGUUGUUGUUUUUGUUGAAAGCUUCUGUCAUUUUACACAUUUUACAACAGAACAAUAACUUUAAAUGAGAUCCCCAGAAGACAGAAUAUGUAAAAGCAGAAAAACAAGUUGAACAGUGACUUCACUGUCCCAGUGUCUCUCCACUUGAGGACUCGUCUCCUUCCAAGGCUGCAUUCACAAUAACUGGAUUACCUCAUUUACAACAGAUUUGGUUUUUGCACAGUUAAUCUUCAGUAAACAUCAGUUGCUUUAAAUCCAUCCACAGGUGUUAUGUUUUGAAAAGAUAAACAGGCUAUUCAAAAAUUCUAAUCCUGUAGUCAAUGUCAUAUAAGUAUAACGUUUUGCUGGUGCAGGUAAAGACUUGUAAGUCUGGUCGUUAACAGUUAUCUUCAUUUGAUUUAAACGUGUUCAUGUGCUGAAUCAAAUCAUUUAUUUGAUAUAAAGAUUUUCACCGUUUGUCUUAUUUUCCUUCAUGUGUUUGUGCUCAGUGAAAACUCUGCUUUGUGAGAAAGAUUAAAAAAUGAGUUCACACGAUGAAAACUUCAUUAACUUUCACUGGAGGUUUCACUUGUAUCCAAAUACAUAGACUGGGAUUUGAACCGUGCCAAUGAUUUCAUCUGAAACCUUCAUGUUGUUCAGAUUGUUGUCUUUUUUUCUGGACUCAUGCAAACGUUUGUUGUUUGGUGUUGUGUUGUAUUUGAGUUGGUUUGUUAGAAAUCAGGUUAUUGUGUUACUUGUUUAAUUGUGAGUUGUGUGUCAUAUCGUUGUCCUGAUCAAUCAUCACUUGAAUAAUUGAUUUAACAAGUUUUUGUCCAAAUAAAUCUUCAAUAAAAAGUAACAAUUA